UAAAAAUUGGGACAUCAGGGUUAUCUUUCUUAUUGGGAAAGGGAAGAAGAAAAAGUCGAGUGCAAAUAAGGAUGCGACUACUCAAGUCCGAUUGGCGUGGGAAUUUGAUAUAUUUGGAGACAUUAUAAUGGGUGUAUUUGUUGAAUCGCCUGCAAACUAUUCUGUAUCUACUACUUACAAACACGUCAUGGGAGUGAGAUGGGUCAUGGAGUAUUGUUCUAGGGCAAAGUACAUUGCUAAAGUUAACGAUGAUCAUUUCAUCAACACAUUGGAAAUCAUAGACGGUACAAUCCCCACCAUGAAGGAGCAGAAAGUCAGCUUCUUCUGUAAUGUUUUAUUCGGAUCGUUGGACGAGACUGUUGAUGAUGAUGGGAAAAUUGGAAGUACCAAAAUACCUGGAAAGUUAUUGCAAUAUUGUUCUGGAGAAGCAUACCUAGCAGACUUCCAGACGCUAAAAAGCAUUUAUGGCAUGAUCCCGACCGUUCCGUUUUACAAGCAAGAAAGAGAUGACCUGUUCGUUACUGGAAGAUUACGGCAAGCUUUUCUACAAAGAUCAACCUCUUCAACUUUAUUACGACAAGACUCGCCAACUGAUGACCUCAAAAUACUGAAUAAUAUGCAUCAGCAAAAUGAGAAAGAAGAACCAUGUUUUUACGUAGCUAAUUCUUUCCUCAAAAUGGAGAAAAUGCCGUUUCAAAGAUUGAUUAAGAGUUCAGAAGUGAAGCGUUUCUGGUGCUUGUGGUGGAACGUUAUGAACAACAAAGGAAUAUUAACGGCUGAUUUAGAAAGGAGAUUUGUCUGGACAGCUAUGGCCCAGUAACGCUUAUGUAUUUAAGUAUUUGCCUCUAUUAAACAUAAUCACAUGAAUAGUUUUAUAUUUAAGUCGAAUACCGUAACAUUUCAUUCUUGAUCAUGUCCAAUAUUAUUUUACUUUCGAUAAUAUAUACGUAAAAGUCUUCUUGAGGCUUCCUUACCUGCACAUAAAUAUCCACAACACCUGCUAUAUUAUAAGUAGCGUGUCAUUGUUUAUCACGACAUGACAGCCUAAUUUAUUAUCAGAUAAAUUAUUAAUCAAUCAUUCUAAUUUCUGUAAUCACUUUCAAUCCAGAAUUUUAAACCUUUACACAUGCAUUCAAUAAAAAAAAUGUCAUCGUCAUUUUGCCAAGUCCAUUUAUGCAUGUUAAUUCUCUCUUUUCUGGACAAACGCUGUUCAUCUGAUAGUAAUAAUACAGAGAUGACUGCAUAUUAAGUUGUUGACGCACAUAUUCCUGUAUUAAAUUAGAUAUGUAGUAUUUAGUACUUGCUAUUCAGCCUGUUGUUGUGUGUCCACUCCUCGAAAUAGAUUAGAUUAGUGGAAAAAUUUUGCUUGCGUUAUUUGGACGGACAAUGGUUGAUGCGGUUUUGUAACUGUGUGGGUU